UUCCUACAAUUUUUCCGAACAGGCCACGGUUCUUCAACAUCAGCAUGCCAACUCCAGGUAUGCGGCAUUCCGCCGUUCUCUUCCCACACAUAUUUUUCUCAUGACAACGGGGCAUACGAGCGUCUAGCUCUCUCAGACUUUCUUCAACUCAACCGACCGAGAGUUCUACUAUUGCCAAUAGUACGACAUGUCGGAAUUAAUCGAUGCCUUCUGGCAGAAGCCACCCUUCGCUAGGACGCUGGCGAUGGCUGCCUUCGUGACUUCGAUUGGAUGCUAUUUUGGCAUGUUCCCGUUUCACUGGUUCCACUUCGAAGUCUAUCGGCUACUCCGGAUCCCGCCCGAAAUAUGGCGUCCGGUCAGCUCCUUCUUCCUCACCACUCCCAAGCUGGGGAUAAUAUUGGAUCCAUACCAUGUGUUUCAAUAUAUGAGCGAACUCGAGGUUGGCAACCCCAGAUUUGCAAGGAAGGAAGAUCUCAUAUGGUAUCUGAUCACCGUGGGAACUGCCAUAAUUGCUCUUAACCAGUACUUCACUGGACAGGUCUUCUAUCUCCAGGGACUCAUUAUGUCGCUCUGCUACACAUCCGUGCAGGACCGACGAGGAGAGAAGUCAGGAUUCUUCUUCUUCACUGUCCCGUCUCAGGUUGUUCCCUACUGCUUGCUUCUUGCAACCUUGCUCAUGAGCCCGGAAAUGGUGCCGCUUCAGAUCAGUGGCCUAUUUGCUGCGCAUAUGUACGACUUUUUGACUCGCAUUUACCCCGAGUUUGGAGGCGGGCCAAACCUCCUGCCCUCGCCAGCGUUUUUGUCACGGUUCGUUACGGCCCCGAGGGUUGUACAACGAGCGUAUGGCACUGCUUUCACGCGCGGGUCGACGGGUCAGGCUUCUGGAACAAGCACUGGAUCUUCGACCGGUGGCUCGGUGCUCCCCGACUCAUGGAGAACAAGGGGGACGGGACACCGCCUGGGAGGCGACUGAUGGGAUCUCUAGAUUCUUGGAGCUCGUGUAUGAUGUUAACGAUACCAAUAAUAAGAGUUUAUCUG